AUGCCCUUGGGAAUGAACUGUACACCUUGGUACAAAGAAAGGCUACCUUCCACGAAUUUCCCAAAGCACAAGAAAGCGCAAUAUAUGUUCCCCAGCUCUCUGGACAGUCGGAGGUGGGUAUUUGUGAAAGAUGGAUUGGAUGACUUCAGGAAUGGCUGUCCAUCUUGCGAUGAUGUCAUCAUCCCUUGCCCUAGGGAUAGUUUCCUCAUCCCCUCGGUUUGUAAAACAGUUCACAAACCUGAGCCACCAAAGAGUCCCAAAGUAGAGCCCAAAAAAUUUCCAAAAGCAGCUACAAAAGAUCAUAAUCUGAGUUACUUGCCAAGUGUGCAAACAUUAAUGGACGUGCUAGAAAGGUUGAGGUCACGGGCACAAAUUGGGGAGUUUGUAUAUGAUACUGCUGAUGAUAAGCAGUACUUUUCUGUCCUCCCCGUACUAGAAGAAAAUGAUUCUAAAGAGUACUUAGUACGAGUGGUGAGAGGACCCUGUUUUAUGGAGCUGCUGGAUGUAGAAUGGUUCCCUCCAAUUGAACUCCCCAAGGAGAAAAAGGUGCGCAGGCGAUCCUUUCCUAGGUCACAUCCUGUUGAAAUCUUGGUGGAGGUUUUCCAGCCUUCCAAGAAAGAAGAGGAGAAAAAGCCUGACAAGAAAAAGCCUGACGAGAAAAAGCCUGACGAAAAAAAGAAGAAACGCAAAAAGAAAAAGCAUUCACAGAAAUUUCGUGAUCGUAAACAUAUACCUAAAGUGAUUCGUGAAUUUUGCAGAUGGGCUAUUGCUUUGGGUGAACAUGAUGUUACUGAACGUUAUGUCAUGAAGCUAUUUGAUCUUGAUGGUGAGUUCAAACCAGUUUAUCAAACCGCUCGCAUAAAGAACGUAAGUGACAUGUCUCUACGUUUGAGAUACAAAAGGACCCUCACUGACGAAGAAGAGGUAGAAUUUGCUAUAGAUGAAACUAAUUGGGAGAAAAAAAUUGCAAAAUUACCAGAUCCUUAUAAACCCACACCUAUGAAGAUAAGGUAUGGAGCAUGGUACCUGAAGCCCAGGCUGUGGACAAAGUUAAUAAAUGAUGAACCUUUGGUUGAUCCUGAGAAAUUACUGGAAGCUCAAGGUUUGGGGAAGUGGCGUCCUCGCCCAGAUGUUCUUGAAGAACUUUAUGGAACAAUUGCCUUUAAGGACUAUGUUGUAGCCCAUGGCUACAAGAUGCCUUGGGUCAUUGAAAAGCUUUUUACCAAGAAGAAAUGGGCAUAUGACCAGUACAAAACUCCCAUGCAAAGAGUAUUGAAGAUGUACCCACUUUUAGGGAAGGACAGUGAAGAGGAGAGAUUUCGGGCUUUACAAUCUCAGUGA